AUGGUUAAUCAUGAUAAUAGUAUGAAUGCAUUUUUAGUGAAAAAUGGGAAUGGCUUAGAGACAGGAUUCUUGCAAUAUUUAGCUUUCUUAAGGUUGACAAACUCUCCAAUAAACAUCCCUGCCUUAAGAGACACGAGUUUGCUGCGAGGUCAGCUUUUAUCGAACAUAGCCACGGCUACCUUUGUUUCUAUUUCAUUAUUAUUUCUUAUCUAUCAUUUUUUGUUUAAAAUGGCUUUUUUUACAUUUAUGUCUGUUUUGCGUGUGCUUAUGUUGGUGCCAAGGAAACUUAUUGCAGUGAGUGAUACCGGAAAAUCAUGCAAACUAGUAAUUUACGCUUUAAAGGAAAAAAAACAUUACUCUGUGCAAUUAAAUUACAGUUUAUUAACUUGCGCUAACAACACUCAUUAUAUCAUAUUAUCUUUCCGUGUGAAACCGAUCUCACAGGAAAGCACUGGUGGCAAUAAUAUUGGUGAAGGUCAAAUGACCUGUAUGGAGCAUAUAGAUGACACAAAGACAGUAUCAACGGCAUUCUGGAAUAAAGACCGACAUGGAAGGAUUCAUCUUGUCAUGCUGCAGCUAGCUUCCAGUCAAUUAGAAAUCACUGAUAUUGGUCUAAUAAAGUUAAAGUCAGUUUUAAAGACUUUACAGAAGAUUGAACUACCAAGCAUCUUUAACCAUUACCACAACACUUACGGAAAAUUAAGCAAAAAGUCACAUUUGGAAUGUUUUCUGUGUCGAGAAAUGUCAUUCCAUUACAGUGUUUUAUACCAUGAGCGCUCUGUUUACCUACAAGGAGGCUAA